AUGAGAUGCCAUUUAACAGAUCAAUGGGUAUUUUCCCUUGUUUUUUCUUGACUUUUAAGUAUUUAUAUUUUAAAUACUAUAAGGGCUUCGUUUAGAUAUUGUUGCGGGACAAUUUUUAUUUACGACUUUUGUAAGUUCGCGAGGAUUUUGAAGAGUUUUUGCAACAAUGGCACUUAUGAAAUUUCUGAAGAAAAAAUCACCAUCUUCUAAGUUAGACGAAGUAGUAAAGGAACAUGCUGAAGAGCCAAACAAAGCCUGGAGUAUUCUACAAGUUUCACAGACGGUUAAAGAGGUAGAACCAAUGGAUCCGAGCACUCCAAAACCACCGAACCAUACGAGAUUUGUGUGUAUAUCCGAUACCCACUCCGUUAAGAAUUUUGAGCACCCGAUACCGGAUGGAGAUGUUUUAAUCCACGCAGGGGAUUUUACCAUGCUUGGUAAUAUGAAGGAGAUUAAUGRAUUUAAAAAGUUUAUAACGUCGCUGAGUCAUCCUCAUAAGGUCUUCAUCGCUGGAAAUCAUGAUCUUAUUAUGCAUGGGGAGAAGUAUGAAUACCUGUAUAGUUACUGGGGAACAUCUGUCGGGGAAAAAGGUGAUCCAGUUGAAGCUAAAAAACUACUGGAUACAACAAAGUUGACUUAUCUUGAGGACUCCGAGGUUACUAUUAAUAGAAUUCGAAUUUAUGGAUCACCAUGGGUACCAGACUUUGGUAACUGGGCAUUUAUGUUACCAAGAGGAGAGGAACUCAAGGAAAAGUGGAACCAAAUUCCUGAUGGCAUUGAUAUUCUCAUUACACAUGGCCCUCCUUUAGGGUAUGGUGAUCUUUGUUUUACUCAAGCAAGAGCUGGUUGUAUUCAUUUGCUACAAGCUGUCCAGAACAGAGUAAAACCGAAGUAUCACAUCUUUGGACACAUCCAUGAAG